AAACCAAUUUCUUAUUGUGUUGUAAAGCAAAACAGGAUGGCAUCGCCGCCUUUUCCGCCUCUCCCUACCCUACCCUCACCUGCGGGCACCUCAGGAUUCAGAGUUUCUAAAGAGGGCAGCCAUGAAUGAUCAACUAUUUGGUGACCCUGACGCAUCUGGGCGGAAUAAACAGAAGUCAGUUUGUUGACCUGCGCCUAACAUGACCUAUGGAGAAUGGCGCCUACAAGAGCGAAGAACAGCUGACCACCAUCGUUCCUGUUGCAGUGGCCGCAGUGGUGGGUACCUACCUGGUGAGCAGGUACUUUAGUGGGAGCAGCAGUUGCUCCAAGGGGAAGGUGAAUCUGACCCUGAACAAGGACAGCCCCAAGGUGGUGCAUAGCUUCGACAUGGAGGACAUCGGCUCCAAAGCGGUCUACUGCCGCUGCUGGAGAUCUAAGAAGUUUCCCUAUUGCGAUGGCUCACACACCAAACACAAUGAAGAGACUGGUGAUAAUGUGGGCCCUCUGAUCAUCAAGAAGAAGGACGCCUAACUCGCCCGUUAGUGCUACAGAAUUGAGAGUGUGUGUGUGUGUGUGUGUGUGUGUGUGUGUGUGUGUGACAGCUGCUUUUCCUUGGCCAAUAUCAGAUAAAUUAAUUAGAAAUAAUCUGUGCAUUUGCUUGAAACGCACCUCAGAUUCCAUAGCCAAAGACAUUAUCGCCUUAUUAUGUAAGUGGGACUUUCAUAUGUGGGAUGACCACGGCGUCCAUAUGUGUAGACAAGCAGAAUAAGGGUCCAGUGCUGAGACAGAGAUGAGAUGCUUCGGUGCACACACACACACACACACACACACACACA